CUCGUCGCGAAAACUCUCUCUUUUUGCGCGCGUGUUUGACGAAGUUUGGACAGCUGCGUUGAGCGUGUGUCUGUCAUCUGUGAUGGGCGAUGAAUAAGGACAUCUCAGUGCAUGAGAUCUCGGGAACGACGUACGUGGGACUGUACCAGCCAGCACCACCAUGCAACAGCCAUGCAAUGCCAUCCAUCCGUGUGAUCUUGUUGCUGUAUGUGGUUAUCUCAUCUGUGCAGGUUCCUUGUGGACUUCUUCCGCCGCCCUCUGACGCCUCCGCGGACCUUCUUCCUAUCGCACUACCAUGGCGACCACUACAGCGGCAUCACAGACCGCUGGGACAGGGGCGUCAUCCACUGCUCACCCAUCACGGCCCGCCUGCUGCUCGAGAUCAUGGCGGUGGCACCCCGGUAUGUCAAAGCGAUGGCCCUGGACGUGGCGCACGACAUGGGUGACGGGCAUAAGGUGACGCUCAUCGACGCGCAUCACUGCCCGGGUGAGCAUGGAGGGAUGGAUGGAUGGAUGGGUGAGGGGCCGGUGCGGUUGUGCGCGUGCGUGUGCGCAGGUGCGGUGAUGUUUCUCUUUGAGCUGUCGAGUGGGAAGGCCUUCCUGCACACCGGUGACUUCCGCUUCCAUCCACGCAUACUCCAGCACCCAGCACUGCAACACAAAAAGGUACAUACGUGCACAAGUUGCAGAGACGACCGUCUUAUGCAUGUUCGCUGCCUGUGUUCGUUGGCCGUGGCUGUCAGAUCGACGGCAUCUAUCUCGACACCACCUACAGCCACCCCAAGCACGUCUUCCCUCCGCAGGAAACCGCCAUCCAGUCCAUCGUCGACGUCAUACAGGAGACACUGGCCAGCGAGCGGCCGCCGAACACCCCCCCUCUCGUCGGUCUGGCACCCCUGGCCGCGUCGAAAGCUGACGCGGCUGGGGAGACAGCCAAUGACGGAGGGGAGGAGCUGCUGGAGGGAGAGGUGAGGUCGCCCGAGGCGAGUGCUGCCGCCGCCGCAGCAGCAGCUGCUGCUGCUGCAUCUGGGGGUGAGGGGGAGGAAGAUGUGGAGCGGAUUCCGAAGAGGACGCUCUUCCUUGUCAGCGCCUACACGAUUGGUAAGAGAGGUGAGGAGGGUCCCCUUUCGUUGAUGGAGUGUGUUCUGGCGUGUUUGUGUGUGUGUGUGGUCAGGGAAGGAAAAGAUCCCACUCGCGGUCGCAAAGACGUGUGGAGUCAAGAUCUACCUAGAGGAAAGAAAGGUCGGCAACCUAACCAGUGCGUCAAUCGUCAGUUCAUUGCAAUCACGCCACCUGUCUGUUUUUGGCUGUGUCGACGGAUGGAAUGGCUGAAUACAGUCUCGCAUUUUCCGUUGCCUGGGCAUGGCUGACGAGGACAUCGCUGCCUUCACCACUGACCCCGCAGCCACGCCUGUGCACGUGGUCGGCAUGGAUAUGUGCGGCGAGAUGUGGCCCUUCUUCCGACCCAACUUCGCCAACCUCGAAAGCUACCUGGAGAAACACAAUCUCAUCAGGACCUACAGCCACGUCACGGGUGAGGGAGACCAGGAGGCGGCGGUCGGGCGAGUGAGGCAGGUGUCUCUUCUCGUGUUGUGUGGUCAGGUUUCAUCCCCACUGGAUGGGCUGAGUCGAGCAACUGGAAUCGCAAAAACGCUGUCAAGUAAGGAGAAUAAGGCGCGUGUGUGAGAAUGGACAGGUGUCUGCAUUUCUUGUCUGCUUGCUUCCGUCUGUGUGUGGCGCGGCGGUCAGGACGAGGGGUCAUUAUGAGGUCCGUCUUUACGCCUACUCGGAGCACUCCAAUUUCCAGGAGCUCGUUACCUUUGUUGACACGCUCAAACCCACACAAGUGGUGAGAGGGCGAUCUGAGAGAGCCUUCCAUUGUACGACCGAUCGCACAUACGAUCCUGUGUCUGCCUCUGUGUGUGUGUGUGUGUGUGUGUGUGUAGAUCCCGACUGUCUUCUCGGAUGACAACGAUCGCAAGAACAUCCUCAAACGAUUCCAACCACACCUGGUCAGCUGCCGCAGACCCACGCACAUAGACCUGCUGCCCUGUCACCAUUCCUCAUUCUCUGCCGGGCCACUUUCUCCUCCAGAACAAGACUGCCGGUGUGCGUGCCUUCCUGGACAAGCACUUCCGCAACAACAACAACAACAACAACAACAAUGGCGGCAACGGCGCCGCCCAAAGCUCCGCUGACCCGUCCCCAUCAAACCACAACAGUCGACACCAAGACGGCCCCACCGAUCCCGUCGUCAUCGAUGACGACGACGAGCAGGAAGACGCCGGCCAGCCCCCUCCCCCACCUCCCCAAGAAGCGGAGCCAUCAUCAGCAUCGUCACACAAGCGCAAGGACCUCCCACCCGAGCCCUCCCCUCCCCCGGACAGCAAACGGCCCAAGCAGCAGCAAGAGCCGGACGAUGACGUGAUCGAGCUUGACGGCGAUGAUGACGAUCAGGACAUGCCUGACGCACCCGCACCGUCAGCGGCAGCAGCUGCCGCUGCUGCAGCAGCAGGGGGAGGGGCAGGAGCACCCAAGAAGGUCGCCCUGCGGAGCGCCCCUGCGCCCAAGGGCAUGUCGAAGGCCAAGGCCAAGCCGAAGGCGAAGGGGAACGGCAAAGGGGGGAGAGGCAAGGGCGGCAAGAAGGGGUCAGGGGCGGCGAGCAAGGACAAAGGCGGCACGCAGGCCUCCAUCAUGUCCUUCUUUGGCAAGCCCAAGGCGGCCAAGGAAGACACCGGCGGCGGCCCCUCUCCCAGCAAUGGCAAGAAGCAGCACGGACGCGAGCCACAGCCACCACCACCACCAGCAGAGCCACCAGCAGCAGCUGCCGCAGCAGCAGCGGCAGCAGCCAUCUCAAUCAACGACACAUCGAGCCGACCAGCCGACGAAGGACGCGCCAACGAACACGAGGAGAAGCCCCCGCCAGCCCCCAAACCCGCCCCCGCCCCCGCAGCCUUCCUCUGCUGUCGUGCCGAGACCGUCACUCUUGGCAGCGAUCCCGAGGACCUGGAGGCUCUCUAUGAGGGCAAGAGCGGCACCGGCUCCACCCCAUACCUGGCCCUCUCGCGCACAUACGAGUGGAUUGAGGCCAUUACGGGUCGGCUCAAGAUCAUCGGACACCUGGCCAGGCUGUUUGAGCUGAUUCUGCGGCGGGCGGAGGGGGAUUUGUUGGCGGCCAUUUACCUGACGACGAAUCGCAUAGCGCCGCCGUGGGAGGCGGGGGAGCUGGGGGUGGGCAGCAGUGUGCUGGGCAAGGCCGUCAUCGAGACGACGGGCAAGACCAGCCACACACUCGGACAGAUGUAAGCAGAGAGAGAUCGAGAUCCGCACAGAUGGAAGGUGUGUGUCUUGUCUUGUCUUGUCUUGUCUUGUGUUGUGUUGUGUGCAGGUACACGCGUCUGGGUGACUUCGGCGAUGUGGCGCAGGAGUGUGCCGGCAGUGUGCGGAUGCUCUUCAAGCCCAAGCCCUUGAGCGUGCAGGACGUCUACACCGGCCUCAGGAAGAUCGCCGCACUCACAGGCGCCAAGUCGCAAGAGAGCAAGAGGAACAUCGUCAAGGUCCGUUCCCACCUCGCAAUCUCUCUCCUUGACGCACCUCUCUUCGUCCAUCCAUUCAUUGAUGCCAUGUUGUCAGGGGUUGCUCGUCCGCUGUCGAGAGAAGGAGACGCGCUACCUCGUCCGCACUCUCGGGCAGCAUCUGCGGAUCGGCGCCGUGGCCAAGACAGUGCUGGCGGCCCUCGCACAGGCGAUCGAGAAGGACAAGGCCAAGCAAGAGCGGGCGGCCAAGGCACUGGCACGGGCCUACUCAGAGUGCCCCUCGUUCGACAUCCUGGUGGCUGAGCUGCUGCAGGGGCGCAGGGAAGGUCAGUCGCCUCACACACUGCAGACAAGGGCGAGCAAUGAAAAGCCCCAGAGGGGUGUGUGUGUGUCAGGUGGCAGUGGGUGGGAGAGGGUUGAGGAGCAGUGCAUCCUACGACCAGGGACGCCCAUCCGCCCUCAGCUGGGCCAGAUCACCAGAUCCAUCCCAGACCUACUCAAACGGUACAAGUGUGGAGACACAGAGACGCUGCAAUACGGCCGGCCUCUCACCAUGAGUGCAUUCGGUCUUGCCCAUCUGUGUGCGCAGCUUCACGCGUGAGGGCGCGACGGCGAUCAGCUGCGAGUUCAAGUAUGACGGUCAGCGCGCGCAGAUCCACCUGAUGAAGGCGGACAGCAGCACGGCGCCGCCGGCCGAUGGGCAGAGGAAGAUCGAUGGCAGCGAUGAUGCCGGCGGAAGUGACGGGCUGACGUUCAAGGUGUUCUCUCGGCACCUGGAGGACGUCACCGUCAGGUUCGCCGACAUCAUGGACCACAUCAGGUGGGUGAACGGAUGGAUGGAUGGGCAGCGAUUGCCAUUGACUCAUCCAUUCAUCUGUCGGAUGUGGCGUGUGUACAGGGAGGCAUUGUCAGGUCCCCUGGAGUCGUGUGUGCUGGACGCUGAGCUGGUGGCGGUGGACCCCUCCCCGCCGCACCGGCUGCUGCCCUUCCAGACACUCACCGGCCGCUCCCGCAAACAGGUCGACAGGAGCAUACCCGUCUGCGUCUUCCUUUUCGGUCAGUGAGAGGGCGAGCGAGCCAGGCAGGGCGGGGCAGGGCAGUCCACACCCCAGAGGCUGACGUGCCCUUCCCAUCUUGCGUGCAGACAUGCUGUAUCUUAAUGGCGAGCCCUUGCUGACCAAGACCCUCGCCGAGCGCCGCACACUCAUGCACCAGCAGUUCCACGAGGUCGACGGGGAGUUCCGAUUCGCGCGGGAGAAGACCAUCUCCCUCACCGCCAAUGGUGACAAUGCAGACGCAGCCGUAGAUGUAGAGGCAGAGGGAGAGGUGGGCGUGAGUGAGGAGGCGGGUGCGGAGGUCGAGGCGACGGUGGAGAAGUGGCUGCACGAGUCGCUGCGUGAGGGGUGUGAGGGGCUCAUGUGCAAGGCCCUCGACGGGCGCCUCGCCACCUAUGAGCCCACCAAGCGGAGCGAAGGAUGGGCCAAGAUCAAGAAGGACUACAUCGAGGGAGUCGCUGACAGCCUCGACCUCGUGAGUGAAGAUGGAUGGAGGGAGGGACAGAGCAGCCAGCCCACAUGAAGACGGCUCUCUCUGUGUGCGGUCGUCUCUCUUUCCAGGUGCCGAUUGGUGCGUGGUGGGGCAAUGGUCGGAAGGCAGGCUGGUUCAGCCCCUAUUUGCUGGCGUGCGUCACGCCUGACGGCGAGAUGCAGAGCGUCUGCAAAGUCAUGAGCGGCUUCACCGACGAGCAGUACCGCGAGUUUCUGGCCUUCUACAAGGAUGGCGGCCGCAUCAUCCCGCAGCCCAAGAGCUUCUACGACGUCACCGAUGACCUCAUCCCCUCGGUGUGGUUCGAGCCGUGCCAGGUACAGGCCCACACGCCAUACAGAGACACAUAGAAGCCUCUUUCUGACGUGUGUCUGGUGUGUGUGUGUUCAGGUGUGGGAGAUCCGCGGCGCCGAUCUGACGAUAUCUCCCAAGCACUCGGCAGCCAGGGGCCUCGUGGAUCCCACCAAAGGCAUCAGCCUUAGAUUCCCAAGGUAUGUAAACAAUCGAAGGAUGACAAAACAACCAUACCAGACACACACACAUACGAUUGUCAUCCUUCCCCUCCUUGCCGUCGAUCAGGUUCAUCCAAGUGCGGCAGGACAAGGCAAUCGAGGACGCCACCACACCCGACUAUAUCGCUCGUCUCUUUGAGCGUCAGGUGACCCGCCAGCCCGCUGCAGCACCAGCAGCACCGGCUGCAGGACCAGCAGCAGCAGCGGCCAGAGCGGACAAUGACGAUGACGAGGAGUCUGAUGAGCCGGGCUCGCCGCGGCAGGGCGGUGGGGGUGCAGAUGCGGACAAGUAUGCGCAGCCCGCAGGGAUGGCCGCCAGCUCGAGCAGCGCUGCUGCCGCUGCUGCUGCUGGUGGAACGAUUUAGUAGUGGGAAUGCGGGGACAGGGAUUGUCGAUUCGUGAGAGAGAGAGAGAGCUGUAGACGAGUGUGAUCGAUACACAGAUAGUGUGCAAAGAUAGAUUGGCCUGGAUGGAUGGAUGGAUAACACGUGCGGCGUGUGCAGGUAUUGCGUGUCGGACGUGCGCAGUGGGACCGUUCAUUCAG